AAUCUGUAUAAACAGUUCCAGGCGGAAAUGGUCGGUCUUUUGAUUACGUCACUCCGUCGAAUAAGGAAGGGGACGUCAUCUUAAACUGCAAGGGUCAAAAUUAUUGACUCCCCUGUUUUGGUAGCCUGGCCGGUAGGCGCGUUUGGCCAGUAACCGAAAGGUUGCUGGAUUGAAUCCCGGAGCUGACAAGGUAAAAAUCGGUUGUUCUGCCCCUGGGCAAGGCAGUUAACCCCCAACAAAAACUGCCCCCCUGGAGCCGAUGAUGUGGAUGUCUACCAACAUAUUUUACAGUCGCAGUUGUAAAUGAGAACUUGUUCUCAACUAGCCUACCUGGUUAAAUAAAGGGGUGUCAGAGUUGAAAUAUGUCGUGGAUAAGGGAAGGUGAAUUGAACCUCAUUGAGAAGCUCUCAGCCAACAUACUGAAGGCUGGCCCGAUGCCCAAACAUGUGGCCUUUAUCAUGGAUGGCAACCGGCGCUACGCCCGCAAGCGUCAGGUGGAGCGCCAGGAGGGACACACACAGGGUUUUGACAAACUGGCAGAGACACUACGCUGGUGCCUGAACCUGAGCAUCCAUGAGGUCACAGUGUACGCCUUCAGCAUCGAGAACUUCAAGCGGUCUAAAGACGAGGUGGACGGCCUCAUGGAGCUGGCCAAGCAGAAGUUCAUCAGACUGCUAGAAGAACAGGAUAACCUGGAGAAGCAUGGGGUGUGCAUCCGGGUGUUGGGAGACCUGACACUACUGCCUCUGGACCUGCAGCAGCACAUAGCCCGGGCUGUGGUGGCCACCAGGACUCAUAACAAAUGCUUUCUGAACGUGUGCUUUGCCUACACCUCAAGACAUGAAAUCGCUAAUGCCGUCAGAGAGAUGGCUUGGGGCGUGGAGCAGGGACUUAUCAAAUCCAGUGAUGUAUCGGAGGCCCUGCUGAGUCGGUGUCUGUACAGCAGUAACUCUCCCAAUCCUGACCUGCUCAUUCGCACGUCUGGAGAGGUGCGACUCAGUGACUUCCUGCUGUGGCAGACGUCCCACUCCUGCUUAGUGUUCCAGUCAGUCCUGUGGCCAGAGUACUCCUUCUGGAACCUGUGUGAUGCCAUUCUGCAGUAUCAGCUCAAUCACAGACCUCUUCAGAAAGCCAGAGAUCAACACAGAGAGGGACAGGCCCUACAGCAGCAGGAGGCAGACCGGGCCUGUUUAGCAGACCUCCUACAGCACCACGGCAAUGGAAAGCCCCUGGAUGCCCAGAGGAGACAGGAAGCACUGCUCAACUACACUGCCAGCCGAGAGGAACGGGUUCAGGACUUCCUUGGUGCACUCCAGCACAAGAGAGACUCCUUCCUUACUGACUUAACCAGACAAGCUGCUCUGGCAUAAAGAGGGGAUGAGAGGAACAUAAUGCUCCCCAUCUUGAAUUGGGGGAACAAUCCCAUCUCUCUUCCUCUUCCCUAAAGGGCUGAGUAGUUUUAAACUUCUUAUUUUGUAUGAGUGAUUUUACCCCUAUGGGGCUGUAUGUGGGAUAUUUAUGUGUAUAUUCUAAAAGAGAAGUCUGAUCAAAGUCUAAUAAAAAGAGAAGUCUGGUAAAGA